UGAAGAUGACACCUUUCAUUCGCAUUCCUCUUUCCUUAUCUUACACUUAGCAAUCCUGCUUGUAUAUUCCGACGUUGAUAUUCACACGGCUUCUGGACAUGGGUUAUUUUCGUAGCAUGCUCACAUCUGCUAGCUUGAUCUUUGUCUCCGCCACUUUCUUGGUUGCGCAAUGUCGUACCUAUUGGCAGUUUCUCCUGUGCCAAGGAAUUCUGACUGGGAUUACUGCUGGGAUAUUCACAGGACCCGUUACUGCAAUACUAUCGCAAUGGUUUAUUCGACGCCGAGGGCUGGCUCUGGGCCUGUACGCUGCAGGAUCAUCUAUGGGCGGUACCGUUCUACCCAUUACUGCUAGGGCGUUAAUUCCACUGAUUGGCUUUCCAUGGACAAUACGGGUGUUCGCUUCAAUCAUCUUGUUCGGACUGGCAAUGGGAAAUCUAACAAUCAAACAACGAAAAUCUUUGAUUGUAAAAGGACAUCUGCUCGACUUUUCUCCUAUGCAAUCUAGUGUUUUCCUUCUGUAUUGUUCCGCAUCGUUUUCCAUAUAUCUAGGAUAUUACACAUUCACGACAUACAUAGCAACCUCCGCAAUUUCUAAUGGUGUCCCAGUCAGUUUUUCAUUCUACUUAGUCGCCAUCUGUAAUGCCUGCAGUGGUCUAAGUAGAUUAACAUCCGGUUUUAUUGCGGACAGACUAGGUGCUCUCAAUCUCAUGGUCCCCGCUACUUGCCUAUCUGCUGCAAUAUACUACAUCUGGCCCUUUUCCCACUCGCAAGUAGGCCUCAUCUUCCUUUCUGUCUUUUAUGGUAUCUCUAUAGGGCCAUUUGCUUCCUUAGUCUCAGGUCCUGUGCUGGACCUUGGAGACAGAAACCAAUUAGGACAGAGGAUUGGUAUUCUCAUGUCCAUGGUUGGUGUUGCAAUGCUUGCUGGAGCACCUAUAUCCGGUGCUAUAAAUACAAGUCAAGGAUCUGUUUCGAUGGGGUUGUUUGCAGGAAGCAUGAUGCUCUUUGGUGCGAUCCUCAUGGCGACAGUUUGGUACUAUGUUUCUACUGUAAACUUCAAUCUCCACCCAAAUCAAUAAAUUUUGAAGUAAGAGUG